CAAAAAGAGAAACGUCAAAUAUCUUCGCAGCGCAGUGCAGCUUUAUUUACGUUUUGCCACCGUUUGAUGAAAUUUCGUGAAAACUCUGCAAACAAUUUUCGCUAAAAUUUAGUGUAAAUCCGGUGCCAGCCAAAUCGUGUCCACCAUGGCGGGUGGUUCCUCACGGAUUCCCAUCUCGAUGCUGCUGCAGGACAAGUCCAGCCUGCCGGAGGAUGACGAAGAGCCGAAAAAGCAAUCGCGCGAGGACUGGCGCAAGGCGAAGGAGCUAGAGGAGGCCCGUAAGGCUGGUACGGCUCCGGCCGCCGUCGACGAAGAGGGCAAGGACAUCAACCCGCACAUUCCGCAGUACAUCAGCUCGGCACCGUGGUACUACAAUACGGCAGGGCCAACGUUGAAACAUCAGCGCCCGCAGGACGACCGGAAGAAGGAGUUUUCCGGGAUAGAUGAGUGGUACAGGAGGGGGGUGGACACGAGCAAGGUGGUGACCAAGUUCCGGAAGGGAGCGUGCGAGAAUUGCGGCGCGGUGACUCACAAGAAGCGGGAUUGUAUGGAGCGGCCUAGGAAAGUGGGGGCCAAGUAUAAUGGGGCAAAGAUAGCGCACGAUGAGUUUGUGCAGCCGAAGAUCACUUCGGAUUACGACGGGAAGCGCGAUCGAUGGGCUGGGUACGAUCCGGCCAACCACCGGGAGAUUGUUGAGGAGUACCAGAAGAUUGAGCAGGCCAAGCGGGAGCUGAGGGCUCAGAAGUUGAAGGAGAAUCCGGACGGAACGGAUGAGGAGGACGGGGAGGAUGGCGACGAGGACAAGUACGUGGACGAGGUGGACAUGCCGGGAACGAAGGUUGACUCGAAGCAACGGAUUACGGUACGGAAUCUCCGCAUUCGUGAGGAUACGGCGAAGUACUUGCGUAACUUGGACCCGAACUCGGCUUACUACGAUCCGAAGACCCGUUCCAUGCGUGACAAUCCGAACCCGAACCUCAAUCCGGAGGAGACGGACUUUGCCGGGGAGAACUUUGUCCGCUACUCGGGCGACAUCCAGAAGCACGCCCAGGCGCAGCUGUUUGCUUGGGAAGCGCACGGCAAGGGCGUGGAUGUGCACGUUCUGGCGGAACCGACCAAGCUGGAACUGCUCCAGAAGGAGUACGAGAAGAAGAAGGAUCAGUUCAAGGACGACGUCAAAAAUACGGUCCUGGAGAGGUAUGGCGGAGAGGAGCAUCUGAAAGCGCCCCCGAAAGCUCUACUCCUAGCCCAGACGGAACACUACGUGGAGUACAACCGAUUCGGAAAAGUUGUCAAGGGAGAAGAUAAACCGAUCAUUCGGUCUCAGUACGAGGAGGAUGUGUUCACCAACAAUCACACCAGCGUCUGGGGAUCGUUCUGGAAGGACGGCGUCUGGGGAUACAAGUGUUGCGAGUCGUUCAUUAAGAACUCGUACUGCGUCGGAGACAAUGGCAAGUCGUCCGGGUUGGCCAGGCCUCCGCCGUCGGAAACGGAACCGAUUGCGGGUCCUUCGAGGAUCACCACUUCCGAGUAUCAAAAGCAGGAGUUGUCUGCGGCCAAUCAGAAGCAGACUCAGAAGGAUAGCGGGAAGGAGGGAAAAUCUGGCGAAAGUAGCAGCAGCAGCAGCGAAUCUUCCUCCGAUUCGGAGUCGGAAUCGGAAGAAGAACGUAAAAAGUCCAAGAAGUCCAAGAAGAAGCGCAAGAAGGAGAAACGCCGACAGAAGCGAGAGGAGAAGAAGCGACAGAAGCAAGUGGAGAAGGCCAAGGUGAAGGAUAAGUUGCAGCUGGCGCUGAUGGCUGAGGAGGAACACCAGAAGCGUGCCGUCGAGCUGCUCAAGAUGGACGAAAGGAAACGACCGUACAACAGUAUGUACGAGGCGAAGGCACCUACCGAGGAGCAGAUGGAGGCGUACCAGAUGAAGCGUCGGCGGGACGAGGAUCCGAUGCUGCAGUUUAUGGAAAAAUAAGUGAAGCAGUAAGGUAAGUAAGAUGUAGGGUAGGCGAGCUAGGUGUAACAAUGUUCUGAUCUUGUGCAACAGAA